AUGUCAUCAUCAUUUCUUGAAUAUGCACAUAUAACAUUGUCUCAACAGCAUUGGUAUAUGAAUUAUUUCUUACCUGAACAUUUGAUUCGUAUCAUCUGGUGUUUAAUUUUAAUGAGUAUUUAUGCUCUUGUCGAACUUGACUAUUUACCAGGGAAACAAUGGAAAAUUCGAAAAGAUUUGCACACAUCAUCACAAGAAAUUAUUUAUUAUAUAGAAUCAUCGUUGAUUAAUAUGUUCAAAUGGCAUAUUCUACCAUCAUGCUAG